CCCCAGCCUUCUUUGCGUUUACACCAAGAAUUGGGCAUCCUGUGGUGAAAAAAAAAAAAAAAACGACUAAUAACAACAAUAACAAAACAAGGUAGGAGAAUAUCGCAAAAAAACAAAUCGUAGACGACUUUGUUAUCCCGAAGCCAAGAGCAGCGAUUGUAACAUAGGAAGCUUAGAUUCAGUGGCGCGUUCGGAUUUCACCCACAGAGAUUUCAUUAUCAAAAUUUCCUUACUCUUUUCGCCUCUAAAGGUCACGAGGUCCAAUAUUAACUCUCUAAUUUCAAACAAUUUUCAAUCAUAACAAUUUUAUUUGUGUUUAGUACACUAGAUAAUAAUCAUUUUUGCAGAUACCGGAAAACGCGAAAACAUUUCAAAAUAUUGAAAGCAGUGUGUCUAUUGGAAGUUUCUUUGAGGAUGUGAUUGAUAAUUUAAAGCGGAUGGCCUGUUAAAUAUCUCGGAUUCUCAUAGAUUCUUUUGUCUCUUAAACGGUUGUGGUUUCCGUCGGACCUCCGGAAGUAAACUGGUGACAAUGCGGCUUUAAUAUGAUUUGUAUCCUACGCAUCUAAAGCCGCCUUCAGGGAGGCGCCGCAAAGACCUCUGAGACAGCGAUGCAAAGUAGCUAGAAGGCUCUGCGAUGCCAAGUAUAGCUAGAAGGCUCUGCGAUGCCAAGUAUAGCUAGAAGGCUCGUUGACAUCUUGACAGCUGCUUGAUUCAGGCACUGACAGCACGCGGUGCAGCAUGGGCAAUAAUAUGUAAUUAGCCUCGAAGUUAUCGAAAGCAGGUGUAAAAGCUGAUGUCUAAAAUUCGACGACAAGAAAAAUGAGUCUUCUUCAGGGAACAACUCUUCAUCAGAUUGCGUUUCUUCUGAUAAGCGCGGCGACUGCACGAGCGGCUCAGAUGGGUCAUUGGCGACUGGAUGGCUCUGACGCGGGACUGAGAUUUGUCAACAGUCCCACUCUCAUACAAGGCGUCUUUCCCGACACUCGUGCGACGCACUUCGACAAGGACGCCGACUGCUACGCACAGAUUCCCCACAAGAUCGACCUCCGAGGCCUGAGCUUCACCAUCGCCGCCUGGGUCAAACUAAGCAAAGAUGCAGUAACACGAAAAUCUAUUAUUUCCGAUUGGGGAUCUAAAAAACAGUUCAGCUUUCAUGUUUACGAAACUAAGCUCAGAAUUCAACGUGCAGCUAUCACAUCUGGUCAUCAUGUUUUCUUUACCACAACUACGUCCCUGAUAAUCGGUUCCUGGCACCACGUGGCGGUCACGUGGGAUCAGCAGAUGGGCUUUGCCAAGCUGUACAUCGACGGUCUGAUGGAUACGGAGGGAUCAUUUGACCGCAGCGAAGAGUACAACGAGGCUGCAGCUGAGGCGGUCAUCGGGGACACUGAAGAUCCUCUUUAUAAUCAACAAUUCACUGGCUCCAUUAUGGACCUAUAUUUGUUUGACGAGGUGAAGACCAACGAAGAUAUUAAUGAUCUUAGAGCCCCAAUGGAUGAGAGCAUGGUGUUCAUGUAUCACCAGGGCAACCUCACGGGUCACGUGAUGUCUUCUCACGCCGGAUUCGACCGUCGCAUCUGCAUCGUUCUCUGCGCGCGCACCUCAACUUGCGCCUCCUUCAAUCAUCAGCCCACAGGGGGGACCUGUGAGUUGAGCAAUGCCACCCGAGGGGAGUACACUGGAGAUUUUGUCGCCUUGAAUGACGUCCAUUACUACGAGAGGCUUCCGUUUACACUGAUUUCCAUGAACAAAACCUAAAUCCAAUUGGGGACCCUCAUAUCUAAGAAGAAAUAUCGUGAUCGAUAUCUAAAAAGACUUAGUAUAUAAAACUCGGGAACCUCGCAAGAACAAGCGAUUUGAUUGGUUGAGAAACUCGGGAUUGUGUUUGAUAUCUACGAAGACAUGAUGUGUUUAUAUCUAAGAAGACAUAUGGUGUUUAUAUCUACUUAUAUCUACGAA